AUGACUCACCCCAUUCCACAACUACCCUGGCAAUCAGUAGCUAGUGACUGUGUAGAGGUAAAGGGUCAACACUAUGUUGUAAUUACUGACCUUUACUCUGACUACAUUGAAAUUGCAGAACUAAAAGAUGAAACUACAGCAACACUCGUCAAGCAAAUGAAACCAAUCUUUGCAACCCAUGGUACACCUGCAGUGCUAACGACUGACAACGGUCCCAAUUAUGCUUCAAAGGAGUUUAAGAACUUUACAAUUGAAUGGGACAUACAGCACAUCACAAUAAGCCCUCAUCACCAUAAAUCUAAUGGUAAGGCUGAAGCUGCUGUAAAGACUGCUAAAAAGAUCAUCAAAAGAGCAAAGAAAACAGGACAAGAUCUAUGGAAAGGUUUACUUGAAUGGAGAAAUGCAAUUACACCAGGAAUGAAUACCUCACCGGCCCAGAGGUUGAUGUCGCGCAGAACCAGAACCUUUCUACCCUGUGCAACCAACAUGUACAAGCCAGAGGUACAAACCAGUGUUGUCCCUCAAAUAAUAACAAAGCGACGAAAGGCAAAGUUACAUCAUGAUAAAGGAGCAAAAGAACUACCAAAGCUGAUAGUAGGACAACCUGUCAUGGUGAAAGUUACACCUCAGCAACCUCGAAGUGAGUGGAAAGUGGGAACAGUGAAACAUGAAGCAGCAACUCCCCGCAGUUACAUUGUUGAAGUAGAAGGCAGAAAGUACAAGAGGAACAGAAUUCACUUGAAGGACACUAUGAUCAGUUCACAACACACAUCUCAGCCACCUGCCCCUUCUCAAGAAACAUUAUUAGCUGAAACUCUCAACCAAGACACACCAGACAAGUCAACUACAGACAACACCAAAUCUCCCAAGUCUUCUACAGCUACAGAGUCUACAACAGCCAGUACAGAUUCAUCCACAAUUUGCACAAGAGCUGGACGAUUGGUGAAAGCACCAAAUAGACUCAAUUUGUGA